GACAUCUUUGUAGCCAUCUUUGUUCUAAUAAUGAAGUGUAUUUAUGAGUAUCUCACUGUGUUGUGUGUUUAACAGUCCCAUAGUUUUAGUGUGUUUGCCAUGUUCUUUACUAAUCAAACUCAGUUAAAUACCACUGUAAGUCUGCAGCGUGAGGGGCUUCUGGGGAUACUGACAAAUUCCAUCAUGACAACAUUGCMGUGCGCCGUGUUUCUCUUCAUCAACAUGACCAUGUUAUACACUUUGAGGAACAAACAGGUGUUUCGGGAGACGUCUCGCUACAUUCUGCUGUUUAACCUUCUCUUUGCAGACACUGUGCAGCUGGCACAAAGUCAGUCAAUGUUUCUGCUGUCUUCUUUUAGAUUGACAUUGUUGUAUCCGGUCUGUGCUGCUCUAACRGCAUUCAGCAGUUUAACACUCUCUGCCUCAAUCGUUACACUGGUGAUCAUGUGUUUAGAAAGGUACAUAGCUGUAUGCUAUCCUUUGAGACACAGUGCCAUCAUCACCAUCAGAAACACAGGAGUGGUUAUCUGUGUUAUUUGGUGUGUCAGUUCAUUACACGUCGUUGCACAAUUAAGUUUAAUGUUAAAGUUUUCAUUCCAAGACCUGCAGCUCAAAGAGAUGAUGGAUUUUUGUGGAAAAGAGAGCGUGUUUCUCGAUCCGGUGUCUGCUCUUUAUGACAGAGCUUUCACUUAUUUUCUGUUUGUGCUCGGAGGUGUAACUGUCACUUUCUCCUACACUGGCAUCAUUGUGGCAGCUCACUCUGCCUCCACUGACAAAGCAUCAGCCAGCAAGGCUCGAAGGACCCUGCUGCUGCAUCUGCUGCAAAUGGGCCUAACAAUGUCCUCGACAAUAUACAACUCAUUGAUUAUAGCCAUCUCAAAGAAUCUAGGGAGASUUGAAGCUGUGCGCAUCCAGGUCUUUCUUUAUAUCUGUAUAAUUGUUCUUCCCAAAUGUCUGAGUUCCCUCAUCUAUGGCCUCAGAGACCAGACUAUCAGACCCAUCCUCAUGUUGAAUCUUAGCUGUCAGUGGAGACGCUCAGUUUUAAAACCUGCUGUGCAAACCAAGAAAAACAUCAAAGUUCUAGUUACUUAA